AUGGCUCCCCAACUCGCAGGACUGCCCCAGGAAAGAAUGCCAGUGCGGUUGAUCUUUCCCUUUGCUCCCCCAAUUUCGGAUAAUGCACUAGAUUGUCACGAGAAAUUGGUGACCUCCCUCAAAGCUGCCGCUGACAAAAACAUCCCUAUUAGACAAAGGGGUAAAUCGUCUAAACCCUCUCCCCCCUGUGUACUGGAUUAUGGUGCCUUUAUCUUGGAACCCAAGGUUGCAAUAGGCAAAAUGGACAAAAUUCAGUAUCAGUCUCUUAGAACUAUCCUGGGAGCUAUGAAAUCAUCUCCAACUAACUCUCUUCAAGUAGAAGCAGUGGAUUCUCCCCUUUUUCUUCGUAGACAAUACUUGGCUGAUCGUUUCUUUUACAGAUUAGCUUCACUCUCUGGCCAUCCUCUGAUACCCAAACUUUGUGAACUCUCCUCUUUGAUUCCUGGUAAUGGAUUCUGGUCAAACAAGCCUGUACCGUGUCUAAUAAAUAGCUUCCGCAAAUACAACAAUCUACCUGAUCCAACUUUCUCUGGCUCAAUGUGUCCUCUUUAUUGCACUCCCUAUGACGCCUUAAUUUUUCAACCGAAUAUUGUUCUUGAUUUCGGAAUUGCAAAAAAACAACCCGGGGCCAAUGAACUUUUCUACAGUAUCAUCGACAGGUUUUGGCGUGAAUGGACGAUGAUAUUCACCGAUUCUUCUAAGCUCACGAUAAGUGGCGCUGUAGGCUCGGCAGUAUGGAUUCCUAAGGACUCCAAUAUUCUGAACUUCAAAUGCCCCCCUCAUACAUCGGUAUUCACUGGAGAGUUGGUGGCUAUUCUAGAAGCUAUAAAGUAUGUAGUCUCUCACGGGAUAAACAGAGCAAUUAUUUUCUCGGAUUCACUGAGUGGCCUUCAGACCAUUAACUCCAAUCAGUUUGCAUCUAAAAACACUUACCCCCUUGUUCUGCUUAUCAGGCAGUCUCUUUUAGAUUGCCAUCUUCGCAACAUUAAGGUCACGUUGGCUUGGAUCCCCGGGCACUCGGGGAUCCAAGGCAAUGAGACUGUCGACUCUUAUGCUAAAGAAGCCGUAGAAACAGGCAGUCUGGAACAUUACCACUGCUUCUUUUACGAUCUUUUUUCCAUGGCCAAAUCCGAACUUGAUUCGGGCUGGCAGCGCCAUUACGACCGUUCGAAAUUAAUUAAAGGUCGCUAUUACAGUGACAUCCAACCCUCCAUCCCAACUAAGCCAUGGUUCUUCCGCUACCGCCUUGUCGACAAACAGACGACGUCGGUCAUCUGCAGACUUCGUAUUGGUCACACAUGUACACCCUCACGCCUGCACAGAUGGGGUAUUAUCCAAUCCCCCAUCUGUGGCGGCGGAGGAGGACACGAUGGAGACCGCCUUGAGUCGGUUUCUCCGGGACUGCGUGGUGGGGCGGGCGGCGCGGUUCUGGACCUAGGGCAGGGGAUGGUGAGCGAAGAAUCUUGCCGACGGGACCCCACCAAACUCGGCACACAAGAGUCGCGGGCUUGGGCGGGAAGGAGCACGGCAUCCAUUAUUCAGUUGGCUACCAAGUCCAGCCAUCUCAAAGGGACAUACGUGAAAAGAGGAGUUAGCGGGUUAAAGGAGGAGGCCUCAGAGUUCCAGGGCAUAGUGGGAGCCCUAACCACGCGGAACAAGGCCGAAGAAACCCGCCGUCUGCAGGUGGAUAACAACUGCCUCCGCUCUGAGCUAGCUCGGAGCUUAUCAGGGCGGAGUAGAAGGCGUAUCGGCGGGACUUCACCGAAAUGA